AUGGGUUUCUCUGCUCGCGUUUUGGCCGCUGCCGCCGCUGCGGCAGGCCUUGUCCAGAUGGCCAAGGCUAACUGCAAUCACAACAACUGCCUCCGCGCCAUCAUUGCCGACAGCAUCACCACUCGCCAUGGCGUGGCCGACUGCAACUCGUAUCUCUUGACCACGCUUGUCAAGCCGACUAGCACGGAAACCGUCACGGUCACGGUCACGGACUCGGUCCUGCUGCCAUCGACGACGACCGAGAUCGACCUCUCCACCGCGGUGUCCACGGCCGUCGAGACGGAUCGCAGCGCCGCCACGAGCACCGCCACGGACACAUCGACCGAGACGUGGACGACCACGACGCGCACGAGUGUCACCACGUACACCGCGACGACGCGCACGACGACCCUGACCACCACCACGACCACAGCCAAGAACAACCACAUCGGCCGUGGUGCGGUUCCUGUUCCCACCACGCAGGCCAUCGUCCCGUCCCUCCUUCCGGCCUAUGCGUCGGCCUGCGGCGCGCCCGGCAACGCCACGGCGUCUGCCUCCGCGUACGUGAGUGCGUGCCUGUGCGCCGGCGGCACCGCCGCCGUCAUCACCAGCCAGCCCGUCGUGACGGUGACGGACACGGCGACGGUCACGAGCACGGGCUACUCGGCGGCGACGGAGACGCUCACGACGACCUCGACGGCCGUCACGACGACGACGACGCUGGCGGUGUCGACGGCCACGGUGACGGCGACCGAGAUUGUGCCCACGACCGUGCUCCAGACGAUCGUCGUCACGACCCGGACCAAGGCCACCGUGACCGUCACGGCGACCAAAACCAUUACGAGCUGGAAGCCGUAG